UGACUAAAUUAGAGGGCUUAAAAGCAAAUAAAAAGUAAUUCUUCGCUCGCCGCAAAGUGCAGCCGAAAGAAGUCCAAACUCCAAAUUGGACCGGGGGAAGUGGGACCCGGUCUUCUCUCCGCCACUGAGAUCACCGAUCCCAAAACCCCUAACGAAACCUCAACCCAAUCCAAAACCAUGGGCCUCCUCCGCUCCGCCUCCCAUUUCUCAACCCUCCGAUUCACUAAUCUCCGCUCUCCCUUUUCCCCUAUACGCCGACAUUACUUCACUGUCAGGUCCACUCUUCCUUUUCCGACCCAGAACGCCAAGUACCAUCGAGAGCUCCAAGCGGCAGUGGGGGUGGUCGAGAGAGCUUGCUGUCUUUGUCUCGACGUGAAAUCGUCUUUGUUUUCAAGUGACGGACGUGUAAUUGAGAAGAAUGACCAAACUCCGGUCACAAUCGCGGAUUUUGGAGUGCAGGCUCUGGUCAGUUUGGAGCUUGGUAACCUGUUCCCUUCAAUUCCUCUUGUUGCUGAAGAGGAUUCCACUUUCAUUCGGUCAAAUAAUCUAGAAGAUUUGGUUGUAAAUGCUGUAACUGGUAACUCAAGCUGUACAGAGAGUACAUGUACAGAAGCUAAUGUUCUGCGAGCAAUUGACAGAGGUGGAAAGGAUGCUUUCACUUUUGGGACUGAACCAGCCACCUAUUGGGUAUUGGAUCCUAUUGAUGGGACACGAGGGUUUCUAAAAGGAAGUGAGGCCUUGUAUGUGGUAGGUUUGGCUCUUGUAGUUGAUGGUGAGAUUGUCUUAGGUGUUAUGGGAUGCCCUAACUGGCAGAAUGACCAAUCUAACAAAUUAGGGAUUAUAAUGGUUUCUCAUGUUGGCUGUGGCACAUGGACAAAACACUUGCCAUUUAUGCUGGAUGGUACAAUUGGUGUACCUUCUAGUUGGACAAGGUGCUUUGUUGAUCACUGUUGCAUAGUUCAUGAGGCACGCUUUUGUAGUCAAGAUAGUCAGUCAUGGGAUUCUUUGCCAUUAUCUCGUAUAUUCAGUGCAACAACUGAUGUUGAUAGUGUUGGGGAAAAUCAAAUUCUUCUUUUACCAGCAUGCUGUGGAAGCUUAUGCAAGUAUCUAAUGGUGGCAUCAGGUAGGGCUUCAAUUUUCAUUCUUGGCUCGAAAGUUGAUAAAAUUAUCAAGGCUUGGGAUCACGCUGUUGGCAUGAUAUGUGUUCAUGAAGCUGGUGGAAAGGUUACUGACUGGAAAGGGAAUCAAAUCGAUCUCGCCGCAGACGAAGGUGGACGGAGGUUCAUUUAUCCCUCAGGUGGCGUCCUUGUGACCAAUGCCACCUUACACAGUCAAAUUCUAGAGCUGAUCUCUUGUGGUUCAACUGUUUCACAGUGAAAACUAUUUAAUUUAGACCUCUUCAUUCUUUAUCCCCCAAAGGAAAAAUAAAAAGAAAUCUUGGAAAAUUAAAUUUGGAUCACAGGGGAACAAAAUUGUUGUUGUAUAUUGAUUGAUGCUUUUAUUAAGCAGGGCCACCUCUCUCCAAUUAAAAUUGUGUUAUAUUCUUA